AUUAAAUAGAAGUGGGAUAUGCGGAGAAUGAAGUAAUGUAAAAAGACAACACAGGUUAGUAGUACUUAGACGAAAGUACACCAUAUGAGUGCGUGUCUUCUAGGAUACUUGAUCAAUGGUACACAUCAUCUCAAGCUCGCUUGAGAUGACUCCUGUCACGGUCGGAUUAUUAACAAGUAUAUAAUGACAUCGACACCGAGGGUUCAUGUUUUCCAAUUUUGUCUACGACAUUCUUGUUCUUAAAACAGACCGUGCAAUAUGUCGUAAUUUGUAAACAUUUUAUAACUAGUCCGAAAAUAUCGUGCAACUUAACGAGAUAAAAGGUAAAGAGAAUGGCUCGACCGAAGCAUAGAGUUAACACGGAUAUAUGCGCUGACUGCGGAGCCCUUGAACCGGAAUGGGCUUCGUUGAAUAGAGCCAUUUUAUUAUGCGACGACUGCUGUGGUAUACAUCGUAGUCUUGGUCGUCAUAUAUCCAAUAUAAAAUCGCUUCACAAGAGCAUCUGGCAUACAAAUUUACUCAAUAUGGUGCAUACAUUAAAUGAUAAUGGAGCAAACAGUAUUUGGGAACAUUCCCUUUUAGAUCCUAGUAAUUCAAAAAUUAGUAGAAGGAAACCACAAGUUAAAGAUCCAGUACAUCCGGUAAAAGCUGAUUUUAUUAAGGCAAAACAUCAGCAUUUAGCAUUCAUAUUACGUCCAAGUAAGGAGGAAUGUUGUAGCGAAGAAGAAUUAAGUAAGCAGUUACAUAGUAGUGUCCGUACAAGUAAUUUAGAAACUUCUCUAAGACUGCUUGCACAAGGUGCUAAUUCAAAUUAUUUUUACAAGGAAAAAGGUACAACACCUUUACAUGUAGCUGCUCGUGCUGGACAAGCUUUACAAUUAGAGCUUCUGAUAGCCAAUGGUAGUAAUCCCAGCAUGAUUGAUUCAAAUGGACAGACACCUGCUGAAAUUGCCAAAAUGGCAGGGCACAUAGAGUUAUCCGAGCGUAUAAUUGAAUGCAUGUACGAAGUUACGGAUAGAUUGACAUAUUACAUAUGUUCGCGUAAGCCAGAUCAUGGAAUGGACGAACAUAUAAUUAUUCCUGAAUGUACAUUACUAUUGGGACAAAGUGACCUAUGUUUAGAAGGAAGAAAUAGAUUGCAGUUGUUACCAAAUCAUUUGUUGGAAGAAUUAGCAAUGGAUGUUUAUGAUGAAGUAGAUCGUCGAGAAAACGAAGAAAUAUGGUUUGCAACUGCAUCUUUACCAGACAGAUGUACAGUGCCUUUUCUACCAGUUAAUCCACAAUUAUCGUCCACAAGAAAUCAAGGUAGACAAAAGCUAGCAAGAUUUACACCAAAGGAAUUCGCUACACUUAUUAUAGAUCUACUCAUCGAAGCACGCAGAAGACAUAUGCUUACGAGUAAUGCACCGUUGCAAGAUCCAACUGUUUUUACACAUCGUAAAGGACAACUGGGAAAAUAUGGAUCACAAAUGUCUGACGAUGAACCUUUAUACGAUAGCGUCGCUUCUGAUGAUGAUUCAGCAUUAACAUCGACAGACAAUGCAACGCCUGAAUAUUCAACGUCACAGUUUAAAAUGGAUAAUGAGGAAGCCUUUGCACCAUUAGCCAAGGGUCUUCCAUCUGUCGUAGAAGUUUUGAAAAAACAAUUAACUCUUUCUGAAUCUACCGUCAGAGAUUUCCGACAGCAGAUACAUACUUUGCAGAAUACUAUAGAACAACUUACGCACGAGAAUAACGAAUUAAAAAAGAUCAUUCACGUGAAAGAAUCUACUGAUAGAGUUAUUAAUGGUCACGUCGGUGGGGAACAAGAACCGGAGUUGGAACCUGUGCUUGAUAUAAAAACGUCCCUUAAUAGAAGCAAUCAACGACCUGCGUCUAUGUAUGAAACAAGAGAAGGUUUGCGAAAACCCAGUUCAUGGUCAACAACAGUUUGUCAGAUAAAACGAGAUUCAGAAUCGAUGUCUCGCGUCAAUACACAAAGUUUAUGGGAAUGCGGUGCACCGAACCUUCCUCCGAGCGAAGAAGUAACUCGAAGAACUGAACAAGUUACAAGGAGAAUUCAAGAGUUAUGGAUGGCUAUGCAAGAUCCGAAACAAAGAGAAGCAUUUGUACCCUGCGCGGAAAGAAUUCGUGUCGCUGUUGCCGAGCUCACGGCUAUAUUUCCUCAAAAUCCUAUCGAAGAAAAUAUCAGAACUGCUUUGCGACAAUUAAAUGGUAAUACGGGUAGACUUCAAGCAGAAUGUUCUGGUCUUCAAAGAUGUACCAGCGAUGUCGAACAUAUGGAUCGCUGUCUUCAACAAGUACGUUCAUGCGCUUAUGAUAUUGCCAAAGCAACGAAGCUACUUGUUACCCAGUUUCAAACGUAAUAGAUUAAAAGGGAAAGUAUUACAAUUUAAAUAAUUUUUUAUAAUAUGUAUAUAACUUGUACAGGUACUUAAAACAAUCGUAAUACUCAAAAAUCAUCACGAACAUUCGAUAAGUAUUCGUUUUUUUUAUUACGUUAAAACAAUUUGUCUAAUAUUCUUUUUAUUUUGAUGUAAAUAACGGGAACGUGAAAAAACAACGGGAAACAUGACAUUUUUCAAGAUUCAAUACACAUAUUUAUGUAACUUUUAAUACUUUGUAAAGACUGAAUAGCCACAAACCAAUGAAUUUUAUUAAUACGCAAUUUAAGUUUACAUAUCUGGUUUAAUAAAUGUAACCAUUGCUCGUAUCGGCUGGUUCGCAAUUAAAAUGCUAAAUAUGGCAAUUAUUGCUUUUGUUGGCGCCAUGGGGGAAAGCAAUCAGUGCAAUAUAAAACAAGGUUAAUUCCUAUAAGGUAUCUGCGUUUUAAUGCCAAUAAUAAAAUUUAUUACAAGCCAUAAAAUCAAAUGAUCGUUUACGGCGAUUAAAUGUACGGCGAAAAAAUGUUAUCAAUAAAAGUAUGUUUUUAAUAAUGACACAAAUAGAAUAAUACAAUGUUUGUAGAUAAUUAAUUCCAUUGGGAAAUUUACGUAUAUUAAUAAUCCAGCUUAUAUUAAAGCAUGAGAAACGAGUGAGGUUCGUCGCCAGUAGAAAGAAAGUAUUUUUUCUAAUAAUUAAUUAAUUAAUUAAACGCAUAAUCAUUUUAGCUGUGGUCUA